AUGUAGAUACCAGAUCCUCAAAAUAUCAUUCAAAAUCCAAACCUAAAUUUAUUAAUAAAUCCUGAUUUGGAGGGUGGAUAAAAUGAAAUAAGAGUGAUGUCUGUUGCACCAGACUUCAUGAUUCAAAGGGACGUUAACAAUCUUCUUAAGCCUUUAAAUGUUUUACUUACUACUUCUUUUGUAAAUGGUAAACCAAGUAAGGUAAAACCGAUUACAAUAUUCGAUAGAUUUGAAGAACCUGAGCUUUAAACAAGAAUAGAAAAUGAUAAGGAAAUAUUUUACUACAAAGAGUUCGAUGAAAAAAACGGCUACAAACCUAAGAUUAAGUUAAUUGAUGAUUACACAAACUAGCCAUAUGUAAGGAGAAAUUUGCGUAACUUUGAGAACAAUGAUGGAUUGGGGUAUUUGUACUCUAAAUACAAGCGCAUAGAUCUAAAACACAGAGAAUAAAAUUUAAAAAUAGAAACAAUAUAGAUGCUAAUCUGUGUCACAAUGUACGGCGAACCAAAAGAUUUCUUAGUGAAUACUCUAAGAGGAAUACAUGCAAACUUAUAGCAUUUUGAAAAAAUGGGAAUUUCAAGUAAAUAAAUAGUUGUAGUCAUUUUUUAAGAUGGUAUCAUGAAAAUGAAAGAGGAAAUGGUGGAUUACUUUUCUGAACUAGACAUCUUACAAAAUAGAGAGUUAGCGCUUGUAAGAAGAAGAUAAAUUAUUAAACAGCAAAUUGAUUUUUUAAAGAGAGAGAAAAAGUAAUCAGUCUUAGACCACAACGAUGGACUUCCAAACACAAUUCCUAAAUAAAUAGCCCUUCUUUAUUAAGAUUUUAUUAAAUUUAAAGGCUAGAAAGGAGAUUUGCCUACUUUUUCAGUUUUUAAACACUUGAAUGCUAAAAAGUUAUCUUCACACCUAUGGUUUUUUGAAGGCUUUUGUCGUUAAUUCUAGCCUAAAUAUUGUGCUUUAGUUGAUGUUGGAACAAUACCUGAUCAACUUGGUCUAGUUAAUAUGUUUAAGGCUCUUGAAGCAGAUAUCAGUAUUGGUGGUGUAUGCGGAUUUAUGGGUUUAAAAUCUCCUAAAGAAAAUGAAUAAGACGAAUCAUAGAGAUAAUAAUUAAAUAAUAAGAUAGAUAAUUUAAAAAACGAGCUAAAAUAAGAUCAUCCAUGGAUAAAAGAAGAUGAACAAAAAGAAUCAGAUCAAAAAAAGGCAAACGAAUUAUUAAGGGAAUAAUAGACAACACAUGAGAAUAAAUUUAUAGCUUCAAAUGUAUAGUAAGUUGAAUAGGCUUCAAAAAGAGAAAAAGAAGUUGACUGCAAUUUAAUGAUUAUAUUCAAUGUUUUCUUCCUAAUUGGACUAUUAAUUUCAGCUAUUUAUAACGGCUGUUUAUACAUUAUAAAUAAAUUAUUUUAGCUAAUUGCUUAUAUAUUCAGAUUCUUUUUAAAUCUUGCAUCUCUUCCUCAAGCUUAGAAUUAUGAAUAUACCACUGCACAUAUGAUAGAUAAGAAUUUCGAAUCUUGCUUAGGUUUCUUACAUGUCCUGCCAGGUGCUUGGUCUGCUUAUAGAUACAAAGCCUUGAAUCUUACUAAGGAGCAUAGAGAAAACCUUAUCUAAAAGAGAUAUCUCAAAUAAAUUUUAAAUAAAAAUUUAUUAUCAAAUACGAUUCAAGAGCUUAACAUGUUUUUGGCUGAAGAUAGAAUUUUGUGUUUAGGUAUUUUUUGCCAAGUAGAAUCAAGUUACAAAUUGAAGUUUAUUCCUGAUGCUAAGGCAUUCACUGACCCAGUAGACACAUUUGAGGACUUUUUAAAUUAAAGAAGAAGAUGGAUCAAUAGUUCUUGGUUUGCUUUGGAAUAUGUACUUUAGAAUUAUGAAUAUCAUAUAGAAGAGAGUAGCCACUCAUUCAUAAUGAAGAAUUUUAUUUUCCCAAUGAAUAUGUUAUUUGCUAAAAUUGGAAAAUUUAACACUUAUUUCAUUCCUGCCUUUUAUUUAUUUGUUGCCAUAUUGUGUAGUUUCUAAUUUUUGAAACCAACUACAACAAUUGCCUACAAGUAAAUCAAUAAUUUAGCUUAAUUCUAAGAUAACUCUAAUAUCUCCUGCCACUAAAAUGAUGAUGAUAAUUUGAAUAUAUGCUCAAAUACUUUUACUGGAAAUACUUGCUAUAUCCAAUGUAAUAACUAUUAAGUACCAAAUAUCUUCUUUGCUUUUCUUAAUUUUAUACCUGCUAUUUUUGUAGUGCUAAUAAUCAUGAUUUUAUUUGCCAGUUUGACAUUUAAGCCAAAGGUUGUAGAAAUCACCCCUAAAGAAGAAGAUGAAUACAAUUAACUAAAUAAAAUGAAACAAGAUGGAUAGCCAUUUAACACUUAAUAGAAAAAGAGAAAUAAAGAGCUAUAAAAUAAAUAUUCUUAGAAAUUCUAGAAUGAAGUCUUCAAAACAUUAGCCUCAUUAAUAUCAUUAAUAAGCUGCUUUAUAUUUAUCAUAGUUAUGGCUACUAUCAUCUUAAAUCUACUUGAUUAAACUUAUUUGAUUCAUAUUGGAGUUUAAAAAUUAAGUUCAGGCUUUAAAAUAUAUAUGUUAACUAUGAUUGGUCUUAACUAUGGUAGCUUCGCUAUUAGUUUAGUUAUUCACUUUUUCUUUUAACCUUUCAUUGCUUGGAAUAUAUUUAUCUCCUUCAUGUCAUAUUGGAUAUAUUCACCAAUUUACAAUCACAUCUUAUUGAUAUUUUCUUUCUGUAACAUUGAUGACGUCACUUGGGGAACUAAGGGACUUACAGAUAGUAAAUAAAAUGAAAAAUAAAAGAGUGAAAAGAUCAAAUUUGUAGGCAGCUGGAUAUUUUGGAAUGCAUUCUUGUUAACCGUUUUGUUAACAGCUAACUCUAUCUCAUCAAAUACACCUUAUGUUAUCAUGAUUUUAGGAGGAUUUGGCACAAUUUACUCCUUUAUAAAAACUUUCCUUGGCAUACUUCAUUAUCUUAAAUACUUCUUAAUAGAUAAUAUAUUUAUUUGCUGUAAAUUAAGAAAGAACAGAAGUAUUUAUAGUUCAAUUACUGACUAAAUUAAUCAUUUCUUUGACAAUGCUAGAAGAUAAUAGAUCAUAUCUAGUUACCACCCUGUACAACAAGUUGAAGAUUAUUUAGAAAAUAGUAGAGUAAAUUAACUAGAUUUAAGUGACUCUUUAUAAAACUUAGAUAGGAAUGACACCUAGUAUAACAUCAAUUAAGUUCCUUCCUUAAAUAAUAUAUAAAGUAGUUCCUAAUAAGAAAGUGAUAAUCUCCUUUUCAAUUAAUAAAAAUAAAAGAAUGCCACAACACUAGAACCAAUUAUCGAAUAAGAUGACCAUCAUAAAGAAAUGGAAAUACCUUCGCAUAAAAAGAAUAUGUUCAUAUAAUCAAAAGAAAUAAACAUAGAAAUGGAUUAAAUUGGAUUAAAUAAAUUAUAAAGCGGUAGUGCUGGUGGUUAAUUAUAAUAUUAAUUAUCAAACGAAUAUUUAAAUUCACCAUAAUAAAAUAAAGAUACUGAUGAAAAGAAAAAUAUAUAAAUUCCAUAAUAGAGUAUUGUAAAAUCAAGUAAAAAAUGA